CCAAAAUGCCGACCGUCAUUGCUGGUCAGCGUCUUUACAAUAAAAACAAAAUGGCCGUCCUAGUUGCAGGUGCGCGCGAAAAGUGUGUUUACCUGGAAACUAACUAUUAAUUGGAGGCAAAAAUGUAAUUUAGUCGUUGGUGCCCCUAGCUCUUCGUUAAUUUGCUAACCACGUAGUUAGUGAAUGUUGGAGAAAAUAAUUUGUAAAUUUGAUUAAGAAUGGUGAAAAAAAUCGACCAGGCAGAUCGGAACGUGCAAACUUCAGUUGCAAAAUCAAAUUUACGAGCACUAUGACAAGUAGCUUGAGCCUUUAUGAGUGUCUUCAACAAGUCUCUUUACAGAAGUAUCAUGGUAAAUUUUUACAGCGUGGUAUUGUUGAUGUUGGUGGGAUGCUUUCCCUUACAAUGCAAGAUUAUCCAUCUUUGGGUAUUUCGUCCAUGGCGGACCGUCAGAAUCUGUUUUACUUGAUACAAUCAAUAAAGACAUUGCAACCACAACCUCAACCGCAACCAAAUGAGAGACAACUGCGCAGUAGAGGGAGAAAAGAUGGCUUGCUACCGCUUGAUGGAGCUGCAAUGAAGGAAAAAGAUCAGCAGAACAUGCUGUGAACACACCUGGAUUUUACAAUUAUGGUGUUCCUAGCUAUAAUCCUAAACAGUCUCCAAACAAACGGCACCGUUUAACAUCAGAACAUGGCUUAUCUAGGAUUCAAGUCUGUGUUCGCAAACGACCUCUGAGCCAAGAUGAAUUGGAAAGCAGUGAGGAUGAUGUUGUUACAGUUAUUUCAAGCAAUACAGUUGAACUGAGUGCUCCUAAAGUUGCUGUGGAUUUAACAAAAUAUACUCAAAAGUAUCAGUUUGUGUUUGAUGAAGCCUUUGGUGAAGGUUGCAGUAACAAAGAUGUUUAUGAGAGAACUGCAAAACCACUUAUCAAGACAGUUUUCAACAGGGGUAAGGCCACAUGCUUUGCAUAUGGCUGCACUGGGAGUGGAAAAACUUACACAAUGCUUGGGAAUAAUGAGGUACAAGGAAUCUAUGUGUUGGCAGCCAGUGAAAUCUUUUCCAUCUUGCAUAAUGGAACAUAUGGCAGUGGAAUGGGUCUGUGGAUCAGCUUCUAUGAGAUUUACUGUGGUCAGUUGUUUGACCUUCUGAAUGAGAGAUCAAGGUUAUUUGCCAGAGAAGAUAGUAACCAUCAGGUCUGCAUCACUGGAUUAACACAGCAGCGUGUUCACAAUGUAGAGGAACUCAUGGAGGUGAUAGAAUAUGGUGGAAGUAUCAGGAGCACUGGUGCCACAGGUGUGAAUGCUGACUCAUCACGUUCCCAUGCAAUCCUGCAACUAGAGGUAAAAGCCAUAGAUACUCAAGAACUCAUCGGAAGAUUUUCAUUUAUUGAUUUGGCUGGAAGUGAGCGUGCUGCAGAUGUGACUGACACAGACAAACAGACUCGUGUAGAAGGAGCUGAAAUUAACCAGAGCCUCCUAGCCUUGAAGGAAUGCAUACGAGCACUUGACCUGGACUCUAAACACACACCAUUUCGCCAGAGCAAGCUUACACGGGUUUUGAAGGAUUCAUUUGUUGGAAACUGCCAAACAUGUAUGAUUGCCAAUAUUUCACCCACCAAGUCCUGUAGUGAGAACACCCUUAAUACUCUCAGAUAUGCUGACAGGGUGAAGGAAUUAAAAAAGGACACACAUGGUUCUUUCAACAUUCGCCCUCAGACUGUGCUUACAACUUCCACUGGGACAGACAGGAUAAUGUCUUCCAAUGGGACAAGUGAAAGGUUACCCAAAAUGGAUGUUGAACCUCAGCCUGCAAAAAGAGGUGAUACUUUAGCCCAAGGCUCCCCAAGAAAGCUUAGAGCAGCAGAAUUUAAACAAAUUGACAUUUUACGGCCAAAGACUUCAUCUACAACAACACCAUCCCCUAGAACUAAAGAUUCAGUGGUGAGAGUGAAUCACAGAAAAAUUGCCAGUGGACAUGGCAUGGCUGCAACUGCCAAGGAGAGGCUUGUGAGGAAUGAACCAUCUCCCAUGCUGCGGCCACAUACUUCUCCAGAAAGAGCCUUAGUGAAGGAUCAAUCAGCAAAAAUCAGACCACAUCUGUCAAGAGCCAAGUCAAGAGCCUUUAGUUCAAAAGGAAAGUCUUGCAGUGACACACAGAUCAGGUCUAACUGCUUGAAAGAAAUCUCUGAAGAAAAACUUGAAGAUGUUGGUAUGGAAAGAGAUAAAGAACAGAACAUACCAGACAUACUGGUUGUUAAAGAGUCAAGAUUGGGAUUUGAUAACACAGAGGAAGCUUGGUCAUCUCCCUCUGGUGGACAGAGUGUUAGAAAGGGUGAAACCACUGUCAGAUCAUUUGAUGCUAACAUUCAAGAAAAAGAGUCUUCCCCACCUUUCAGAAAUGAUCGCUAUAGCAGUGGAAUCAAAAUCAGACUCGCAAAGCUCUUUAGUAAGGAAAAUGUAUGUAGUGAUGAAGGCAAAAUAAUUGAACCUCAGAAAAAACAGGUCCAAGGAAAUGCUCCUUACCUUCCUCUGGAAAUCAAUGACAAUGAUUCAAGGGUUGAGGUCAAACAAAAUGGAUUUUGUUUGAGCCUUGAUCAAGAACAGCUUGUAGCAUCUCAUCACGCACAACUUGCCAUGGUUACUAGGCUGUGCCAUGAAGAAAUGGUGCUUUUAAAACAAAUUAACAGUGGAACAAAGAAUUUUAAAGACUAUGCAACCCAGCUGAAUGAAAUUCUUAAGAGGAAGGUUGCUUCUAUUGAAGACCUAAGAGAGAAGGUGUUAACUUGCCUUACUGAAUGACUGCAGGAUUGAAAGCAAUGAGAGCAGGAUUGGAGAAAAAUUGCUGUUUGAAAAUGACAUAGAGUGAUACUGUAAUGUUUUAUUACAAUUUUAGUUACUUUGAAACUCAAAAAACUGUGAACACUUUCACUGGUCAAUAGUCUACCUACUGACCAAUCAAAGUUAAGCAUAGGACAACUGAGCAAACCUCAAAAUAACAGACUUAUUGAUUAAGGCCCUAAUUGGCCUUUUCCUUAAAACAAAGUAACAUCCUGUGAACAUUUUCAGUUUCAGAGUAAAGAAAUGCAUUUUAAGUGUUUAUCUUGAUGUUUAGUUGUGAAUAGAGAAGUCUUGAAAAUAAAUUAUUGUACCUCAAA